AUGCCCGGCUCACUAUCCCUUUUCUCCGUCAACGCCGUCAUCCUCAUGUCGGCUGACGAUGGCUCUCGCAUCUUCGCCAAGUACUACUCGCCGCCUCACCCCCCGGCCGGCGUGGCUCCCAACUCGACCGAUUACCCCGGCGCAAACCCCUACCCGACCGUGAAGGAGCAGAAGGCCUUUGAGCAGGGUCUGCUGGAGAAGACGAACAAGUCGACGAGCGAUGUCAUUCUGUACGAUAACCGGAUCGUGGUGUUCAAGAUGGAGAGCGAUGUGAUGCUUUACGUGGUUGGGGGUGCUGAGGAGAAUGAGGUCUUGCUUUAUAAUGUGGUGCUGUCGUUGCGGGAUGCGUUGGGGAUUUUGUUCAAGGGCGCCACCGACAAGCGCACAAUCGUCGAAAACUACGACCUCGUGGCCCUCGCAAUCGACGAGAUCAUCGAUGACGGAAUCAUCCUGGAAACCGACCCCGUCUUGAUCGCCUCCCGCGUCAGCCGUCCUCCUGCGCCCGAUGCGCCCAACCUCAAGAGCAUCGAUCUCUCGGAACAAGGUCUCCUCAAUGCCUGGGAGCUUGGAAAGCGGCGUCUGGCCGAGGGAUUGCGGCAGAUGUAG